CGAGCUUGUCAGCAGCAGGUGCAGCCUAUCAACAAUAACAACGGGAUCAGCUAACGGUACUCCAGUACUUCCAGACGCAAUGCACCGACUAUUGUUUGUGUUUCUAGCCGCUUCCGGGGCGUCUGUCCUCGGCCUCCCGGGGCUGGGUGUGUCCCGGGCGGCCGGGCCCUGCCUCGCCCCGCUGCAGUGGGAGGGCAGGUGGGUCGUGUACGACCACAGCACCGGGAGGAACAGCCGAGCCGCCGUGUCCUACGACGGCCAAAACCAGAGGAUCCGAGUCCUGCAGCAGCACAAGAAGCACACCCCGUGUCAGAAGUUUUUUGAGUACAUCUACUUGUACCAGAGCAUGGUGAUGUUCCAGAUUGACCAGAAGACCAAGGACUGCGCAAAGAUCGCUCUGACGGAGGCCUGGGAUCCCUUCGACAUCCCAGACAACUCCACCUUCGAGGACCAGUACAUCAUUGGAGGCCCUGGGGACAACGUGGAGGUUCAGGAGUGGUCAGACAGGAAGCCGGCACGCCAGCAUGAGACCUGGGUGGGCGUUUACACCCUGAAGGACUGCUACCCGGUGCAGGAGACCUACACCAGGAACAGCAGCGUCACCACCUCCACCCGCUUCUUCAACCUCCAGCUGGGCAUCAGCGACCCUAACGUCUUCACCCCACCCAGCACCUGUCAAUCAGCUCGACCCAAGAGGAUGGUGGAGUCCGACUGCUGAGGCCCACCUUUAACCUUAGAUACUUAACAGCAUUCUGAGUCCGAAAUCACUUCCUCGUUCACUCAUUCACUCUUUACGUAACAAAAGCUCAAUAGUUCACUCACAAUGAGCAAUAUACUGAGAUUUUGGACACUUUUACAUCUUCAUUUUGUGUAAGAGUUUACGGCUGUUGCAUCUGUAAAAUCUGGUGCAUUGUGAAAGAAUUCAGACAGCCAAAUAAAGUGGUGCAUGGUAAA